UUGGACUUUCUCAAAAAAAGCGCCAGAUGCUGGAGUCGUGGGAAAUGCGAGCACUUCAAGUCGUGUUUAAAAAUGAGCUCUGGGUUUAGCUUUAAAAAGACAGUAGAAAAAAAUCCGGGAGGCAAAUCAUUGUAAUUCAGUAUGCGUGUGGACGCAUGUAGUCACAAUCAAAUACGGACCUAUAUGUACAUAUACAUAAAUAACACAAAAGUAUCACUCAUAAAGCAGAAUACUUAGAUUUGGAAGAGAGGCUUAAAAGUACGACUUUCAUGCAGAUAAACGUUAACUGUGUUAUAAUCUGGUAGUUUUGUAACUGUAUUUUGAAAGUUAGCAUUACAUGAAAACAAGCAAAUCCUCUCUCACUUUCAUUAAUUAAUUCUUAACUAAAGAAAAAAACCCUUGUAAAAUUGUGUCUUGCAUUUCUUUUUAAACUGCAUGGAAAGAUACAACACUUUGCAGAACAAAUAGUAUUUCAUAAGAGAGAACACAGUGACGACAGCUCUUACAUGCCACUUUGGCUUUGUAACAAACACAGCUGUUUGUUUUACUUUUUUUUUUUUUUUUUCAGUUAUCCUAAAAUAGCUUUUUACAAAACUCUGGUCUUUAUCACUUAAACAGAAAAAAUGCUUAUCCCUUUUGAAAAUAGCUAUGACCUUCAGGCACCUUAUAUGCUAGGUGAAGUUAUCAUUUUGACAAAAUCAUCCUAAUUACGUGAUCCUUACGUGUUCUUUCAUCUACGGAGAGGUCUAACGUUCUGUCACAUUUACAAAGUUAUAUAAAAUUAAAAAUUUCUAAGCUAAUAACAUAAUUCUGGUAACCCCUUUCAUGUGACUUUUAAUGUUCAGAAACAGGAAGAGACUUACACAAUCAUAAUAUUUCUCUCCUUCCUUGUCUUUUUGAGUUGCCUAAUUACAUACUGGUUAUUCAAAUAUCACACAUUUUACUCCGUAUUAUCAGCUAAAAUAGAUUUGGCCUGAUCCUGAAUCCCAAAGAAAUGAUGCUUGGAUAUGUUGUUCUUGGGUGGUCACUGGUAAGUGCAUCAUUAGAAAACAAAGAUAAUUAUUUUAAAAGCCUUGAAUGACUACAACUCUGACUGAGGUGAAGAUGUUUUCUCAAGCAGGUGCAGAACAUCAGGCUGCUCUUCACUCACCUGUCCACUUCAGCCUGAUCCCCCUUCAGCCUGAUCACCUGAUCCCCCUUCAGCCAAAAGUCUUUCAAGAUGACUCAGAGAUCAUGUGUCUCUUUUCACAGGGCAAAGAUGGUGGGGACAGGUUUCAAUUAACUUCAGCAAUUUUAAACAUGUGUGAAAUCCACUUUGGUUAAAUAAGCAUCCUCUAGUCAGAGGAGACACGGAGGUGGUGCUCACAGUGACUCACAGCAGCAAUCUGAGACACCUGUUUUAGAAAAGGGUGAAUCAUCUGCUGGUGGUGCAUCUGUAACUUCUAUAUACGGAUACCUGGAUUAGUUUUUGGAUGCCUUUUAGAUCAUGAGUUUGGUGCAAUGAGUUCCACGCCUGGAUAUUAAUGAGGAGAGCCCUCAACUCUAAGCAUGGGCUCUGAGUGCUCAGAGUGAGAAACGUCAUCUGAGGCAUCUUGGUGGCUUUGGCCUAUGACUAAGCUUCCUUGUUUGUAGCUAAGGAGUUUUAAAAUGCCCCAAGAAUUACUGGAAAUUUGAAAUGCACUUGACAUAUAAGUAUAAUUUGGUUUUUUUCCUACUGGUGGUGAUUAACUUCUGGAAAUUGUUUCCAAUUUCUAGAGCAUCAACAGCUUCCCAAUGCUUUAGGGAGACUCACAGCAAACAAGGUCCAUAACCAGAUGGUAAAAGCAAAGAUGUGCCCUCUGACACACACAAAAGGUUCAUGGGCACAGGUCUGAGUGGAGCAGACAUGGAACAGCCUCACACAGCUUGCAGGCUCUCCUAAGCAGCCUCUCUGGCUGCCACUGAUGGAAAAUAUGACAUGUCGGGCAUGUACAGUGGGAUCAGGAAUAGUUGGCAGUAGUUACCCUGCUCUAAAUUCUGCUUUCAUGACACCUCCUGUUACAGCAUGGGGACACAGAGGGCUGGAAUCACUGUGGAUCCCAGGAUCCCACCCAGCUUUGGAGGCAGCACUCCCAUUCCUCUAUGUCAUUCCUUCCAGAUCUUUUGGGUCUCUUCCCAGGCUUUGUUUGAGCACUCCAAGCCUCCAAGGAGGCCAGCCAUCAAAUUAUCAAGAUGUUUGAUGGCACAUAAAAUAAAUACUGCAUCUUUGGGAAAGAGGCUCAUAACUGAGUUUGCCACUCCUGACUAACAAAGCCAUCUCAGACUCAUAAAUGAAUAUGUCCUUCAGACUAAUGGCCACGUAACAUACUGGAAUUGAUGCUGUGGAAGAUUCUGCAGACAUGAGAGUUUUCAGGAAAGACAUCUCUAGAAUUGCAAGUAACAAUGCAGUAGCUUUGUUUUAAUAUUUGUGUGGUAUUUAUUUUCUGCAUUUAUGAGAUUUUUUUUUUUUGUCUCUAGUCUCUCCAAUGCCAGUUAAGCUGAGUCAUAUGCUGGCAGAGCAUUAGAGGUUAUAAUAGAGAAGCAUCAAAAAGGGAAAUUUUUGUUUCACAACUAGCUUUAAUUUGGAUUCAGGAAGGUGAAAAAAUGAAGGAAAAAUUUACAAAAACUUUUUGGAUUUAUCUGAAAAUAGACAAAAAGCUCUCAGCUGUGUUGAUUGCUCAUGAGGCAGUUUCAGCCUUAAGUGUUUGCCUUCCUUUGUCUUUGAUUUGACUCCGUCCGUUCCAUGUAAUAGCAAACUGAAAAUAUUGAAACCAGGAAAUUUCAAAAUGCCCAGAAUAUCUUUUUUCUCCUUCUGGUUUCAAACAGUGUUUCAACUAUGAUGACCACAUUUUCUGCAGGCAGGUGGCUCUCUCAGUGGAAUUUAUCCAGUCAGAAGGAUGAUGCAGUUUUAUACGGGCUGGGCCAGCCUCUAGUCUGAAUCACUACUAGUGAAUUUAUUUGGUUCCCACUCUGCUGUUGACUUCCUAGGUAAUGAUGUGCAGGUCUCUUAAUCCUCCAGGAACCGGGAAAAUUCUGCUUUCCUCCUUCCCAGGUUUUCUGCUGUCCUCUGUGGACAAAAGUCUUCAUGUUCCACAUCCAGAACAGGGAAGCCAGAGCAUGGUGAGGGAUGUUUUAGGACAAAGAGCUAUCAUAGAAAUCUUUCAUCUUACUUGCUUUACUCAGAGUUCAGCCAUUCCUGUUUCUCCAAAGUUCACAAGGCAGGUUCUCAGGCCAUCCCUCAGUCUUUGAGGAAAACCAGAGCACAGUGUCCCAUCCUUUGCUACUACAAGAAACCCUUGCCAUAACAAAACUCCUUUGCAAUGAAAGACACUGAAACAGUGAAGCUGUUUAUCCCAGGAGAUGCAUGGAGAGUUUUUUUUUUUUUUUCUCAAGAGACUCAAAUCAGUUCCAAUUGCACAUUUAAAUACAUAAUGCUUUUGAAUGAUUUGAUGGAUUGAGGCACAGCUCUCCUAGCUUGUUCUAUACCCUCAUCCUUAUCUGGAUGCCUUGAGCUAACAGAACAGCACAGACUGAUAAUAAAUGCUUCUGGCAUGAGAACUGGACACAUUUGAUUUCUUAACAACAUUCUUAGCUCCUUCUUCUAUCUGAGCAGGUACAGGACAUACUGCAAGGAUCACUAAUUGCCUGACAUCUUUGUCAGUAACCUCUUAGCUGAGUUUUCCCUGCCCUGGUGAGUUACUUUCAUUGAGCUGCAGUAUGGGCUGUGCUGUGAUAGAUUUCUGUUUGGCUGGAGAAACACUUCUGCAUCUCCUGCCCAGUGCUGCUCUGCCACGCACCAGUAGAGCCACUAAGCUGGGGCACAGGAAAGCUCUAAGCUCAGCCUCUUUGCCCUUUAGUUGCACCCUCAAGAUACACCUCCUUCCCACGUGGCCAGCACAUACAGACAUUUCCAACCCAAAUGUUUGUCUGGGCACAGUGUAUGGUAUCAGUGCCAAUGGCCUCCAGCCUCUUCUGGUGCCCAAGAGAUAGGGCAGAAAGCUUUCCAAGCCUCAUGACAUCAGCUCUAGCACAAGGGUGGUACCACACACAUCCUUAUAAAUGUGCUUGCUGUUCACUAUCAGUGUUCAAAUGCAUAAGACUGCUCCAGGCAUAUAAAAUAGCAUAUAAAAUAGUAAAUAUUUAUAAAAUCAGUCUGCGAUCAGGUAUUGCAUCUUUAACACAAACCCCUUCAGAGGACAUUAGCUUAUUAAAUGCACUCAGUUCCAUUCUGUGAGGAGACUACUGCAGAGAAAGAACUGUUUCCUGGUCAUGAGGAGGCCCCAGUGCAGCAGUAAAAGAGAACAGUGCUGACUUAGAAAGUGAGUUAGCUUAAAGAUAAUUACCUUCAUCCUCAGUGUAAAGUAUGAGACACUGUAGACAAGCUGGCAUAGAUAAGGCACCUCCCAGUAAAAGCUCAGAUUUAUAAUGACUGAAAAAGUGCCUCCUUUCUGGUGUACUUGCAAAUAGCUUUUACAUGGCUUAGAGGACAGGGUUAGGCAGCCCUUCCUGUUGGGGGAGAUAGGGACACUGAUACAAAAGUGUUCUUACUGCAAGAUAGCAAUUACAAGAGUACCAUUGCAGAGAAACCAGCAGCAGAGGCUGAGAAAUAACCUGGCUGCCAUAGAACUGUUUGACUGAAUCGGCAGGGAAAAGUGGGUGGAAGCUAAUUCCAGUUAAGGGCAUGACUGGUAGCAAAUGCUUCAGUUGCCAUGACUGGCAGGGUGUCUAUGACAGUGACAAAUAAAUAAAGAAGCGGAGGCACUUGGCACUGCAAACCCCCACUGAAGUCAAUGCAGAGCACGGUCUGUCAAGAAGGGCUGCUCUGAUUUCCCAAAUGACAGCUCUGUAGUAAGCUGGGUAAGAAACUCAGCCUUGUGAAACAACCUGUAGCGCUUCACUUAGCACUUAAAUCCACAGCUAGUGACUCUGCUUCACUGACAGAGUCACAUGGCCUUUUCACACUUUCCUCCUGGUUUAUACUUUUUAUCACAUGAUACACAAGCUACCCCAUGUUUUAAAUUUAUAGUUGUGUGUGGGACUUCUGAAUGUUGUUGCAAACUGACAGCAAAUGCUAGCGAGGGAAAGACAUAGGAUGUAUGCUAACCUGCACACCUGCCAACUUCACCUCCCCCAUCACAAGGAAUAGCUACACAGUCAGCUGUCACACACAGCAGCACAACCCUCUCGGUUUUCUUCACUGGGCUAUGUGGUGAAUGAAUUUACUAGCUCAGAAUGUUUCUCCAUUUUGGUUCCUCCUAAAAAGCCCACUUCUCCCGUUUCCUUGGUUACAGUAGUCAGAUUCCCCCAUGCAUCCUGGCUGCCCUGCUGCUGGCUGUGAUGUGGAUCAGAGCAUCAGGCUGCUGAUAGAUCAGAGGCACUGGGUCUGCUGCAGCUGCACUAAAAGCCAGCCCUCCAGGUAAGACAGGGAACAAGAUCUGAGGGAUCCUGCAGUAGGGAAGGGCCCAUGUAAUUGUGAUCAAGAACCCUAAAACUUCAUUAUCUCAGUGCUCCUUUAACCCAACCCUUAUUCCCAUCCACUUUGGCUUUUCAUGGCCAGAGCCUCUUCAGAGGGCCAGACUCUAUGGAUGUGAAAAGGGAAGGCUGGAUUUAGGAAGAAUGUCAGAGCACUUAUCCUUUUCCUUCACUGUGGGCACCCAAGAUGGCAAUACUCCUUUCUCCAGGCUAGCUGGCCAUCUUUAAACAUGCAGGCUGGUCAUCUCUAAACCAUUUACAGCUCAGAAUUCUUUGGAGAUGCUUGCUGUGCAGCCAGGAAUAAGGUUUUUUCUUUCAGCAGCAGAAGAUCAAGACUCAUCUGGGCAAGACCACAGAAAGCCAACCAGGAGCACUGGCAAAAGCACCAGUGUGUGCCAGCGCUGCUCAAAAAGGAGCCAGACUGAGACCUGCUAAAGGAGCAGACUGUCUCAUUAACCACACAUAUAGGAAAGCCCCAAGCAAACCUAUUCAUGAGUAACCAGCACUGCAUGCCAUAUGGCUGGGAUCCACAGAGCUCUCUCCUGGUUUGAAAGCUUGGGCCAUCCUGCUCUGGUAAGUUCCCAUGCAGGGCAGAGAUGUAAAUUGGUAUCUACUGGGUGCUAUGCAAUUACACUGCUCCUCCCUAACCCUUCUAGGGUCUGCAGGGAGCUUUGUUCUUCACCAUGCUGGUCAUUACAACUCAGCUGUCAGAAGAGGUCAUUGCUCCAUGGAUGAGAGAGCUGGAACACCAGGGGAACCCCAACCAGCCUGCAAAACAUGAAGAGGAGCUGUGGCAGAGAGUCUUUCUAUGUGUCACAUACAGGCUCUUAAACCAGUUGGAGCAGGUAAAUGUCAACUCCAUCCAUGGGAAGAUGACAGCAUCAGUGUGCUCAAGUACUGGUAUCCAUCCAGCUUAUUCUAAAUGAAUUUGAGCCCACCUUAGGCCACAGUAUCACAUACUCUGCAGAGGACAUACAUGUUCUACCACCACCCCAGUUAAAUGCGAUCUCCUGGUAUUGUAGAAGCCCCCUUUGUACAAGUUUGUGUGCUUCUAUAGAUUCAGGUGGAGAAAUAGUCACCAGGAAAAAGGUGUCACAGGACAAAGUCAAGACAGAUAUAUGCUAAAAGAUAUUAUGUGAAAGUUUCCUAGGUGCUGAUAAGCUUCAGAGAUAACUAAUCCUCAUGCAAGAAAUUAUAAACUUAGACCGCCAGUGUUUAAUGCUCUGCAAGGCCGCCAGCACACAUUAGAACCUGCAACAGGUUGUAUAACUUGGAUUACACCCAGGAGGGCAGCAGCUGCUCUAUGCAGGUUAAGAAUACAGAGUUAUGUAUGCAGGUGGUGAAACAAAGUGCCCUCUGAAGGAAUUUCUAAAGACCUGCCCAGAAGGCAGUGGUGAGCCAGGAUGACCUUCUGCUUCCAAGCAUUCACAUUGGGAUUGGCCUUCUGAUGGCUGCUCCCACUAACGAGUGAACAUGAAUGAGUAAUAUGUUGUGUGAAUAGCUAUCUGCUUCACUAAUAACACCUUGAUUCUAUUAACAGCAGCUGAUGAAUAAAAGAUAUUUUAAGAAAUAGCAGUUGUAAUCUGAGUUUUCCCCCAAGAGUAUUCCAUAUAAAAGAAAACAGGACCUUAUACUACCUGUUUGGGAAAAACAUGUUAAAGGGAGUGUGGCAAGCAUAACUCUUCAUGGUGGCGCCUGCAGAUCCAGCUAGGACAGACAGUACUAGCACAGGACAGCUUCUGUAACAAAACAAACCACGUGGAAAGCUCAGUGAAACACAUGCUACUCUUUGCCAGAGAGAAUUGGUGGCUGUGGGGAACAUGUUCCUCCCCCAGAAAUAUACUAUAGGAAAUUCAGUCAAAUUCAGCCCUGUGGAGGGUCUUGACAGGAACCACGUGCAUGUCUGUAAGGGCAAAAUCUCUUCAAAAGGAGAAGGUCCCACGUAAGAGCCAGCUAAGUGCUUUCUGCUCCACCACCCACAAGUUGUCUUCCCUUCAUGCUUGAAUGCAUGGCUGGGGACCAUGAACUGGCAGACCCAACUCUGCCACUUUGUCACUCUGCAAACAUGGGCAUUGCUCAAAUCUGCUGUUUUACUAAAGUACCUCCACAUGCCUUGUGGCCUCCACAGAUGUCCAGAGAAUCUGUGCAAACUCAUCACUUCUAAAGCAGAAAAGUAACAAGUGCUGGAAGUCACGCUGAUGCAAAUAAAUGAGGACCCCUGACAAUUUAUCUUAAUAACCCUCCCUUUUAAUCUGCCUCCAGGUAAUCUGCAUUCCCAUCUCUCCAGGGCUCUGAAGUUUGUACCUCCAAUUAAGCAACAGUCAGAUUUUUCCAUCUAUAAAAAGAAUGUGAGGUUGUUUGACUACCUAUUGCACCAAAACUAGCUUUAUUGUGUCAGACCAAAGGUAUCCUUUGACUAACCACAGCCAGCAGCAGAUGCUUUGAAGAUGCUAUAGAAGAACAGCCAGAUUAUAUCUGGACCUCUAUUUUUAAUAACUACCAAUAACCUCACCUUCUGUGAAGCACUCCUUCCAUGUAAGUACUGAAAGGUUUGAGCAGAUCACACAAUCUUGCAGCUCCUCUCCAGAGAAAGUUUAUAACCCAAGUGGCAAAAUCCCCAUCUACAAAUACAGGCACAGAGCUUCCUUGCAAGAGGCAGCCCAGAGCAUUCAUGGCAAAGCUGAGAAUCAAAUGCAGUCUCUUGCCACUAGGUUAUAUUUUCAAAACUAUCUGUCCAAAACAUGACAAGAGUGAUUAAACUAAAGAAACAAAAGCUUUGACAGAUUAAAUCUCCUUUCAGAUUUUCUGGGGCUGUUUCAGCCUGAUUGCUGAAAUCCCUCUUGCACACCUGACCUUCAAGCAUGCAGGAGCACAGUGCUAGCUCAUGCCCAGCCAUUGAAGCAAAACUUCCUGCUUGAUGAGCUUAUUGCCUCCAGUAACUCCUUCAGUACCAGCACACUGAUAUCAGCAACAUUAUGAUUUAUUAAGACAUGCAACAGAUUUUUCCAGUGUUUUCCCUCCCCCACCAUUGUCCUCACUGAUGAGGUUCUGGCUUUGAGAGCUUUCUGGGUGCUGGCAGCUGGAGCUGGCAAGCUGUGGUCAGCAAACAUUUGCAAUCAGCAGCUGACUUCCCACUGUCACCUGCCUGCAUGGGCUGAUAAUGAAAUGUUUGCUCUUGUGGCCAGUACCUCAUUUUGAGGGCAAAAGAAGGCCCUCCAGGCUGUGGGACCUCCUGAGCCUACACAUUGCCUACAGCUGUUGGAUUUGUUUAGUGCUCAAGUGAAAGAAGCCAAAUAGUGUGUGAUCGAAGAACAGGGAAAAUGAGCUGGCUCAGCUAUGCUUUAAUGAUAUUAGUAAUGAAUUUUUAUUCACUCAAUGUUCUCAAUUCUUGCUUCCCUUUUUCCUCUAAUCUCUUUUGUGUGUGUGAAAUGGGUGAUAUCAGUCCUGCUGAGACAGUCCUGAAAACUUUGCUUAGCUUUGUUACUUCCACUUCUGCCUCAGACUUUAAGGAAAGCCUUUGGGGUGUAAGCACCUGUAGAGCUACAGGAACUAAUUUCUAAUCCUCUCUACCAGUGCCAAAACAUUGUCAAAUCCCCACUCUUCUAGCAGAAGCCUCCCAGCUUCAGAAUGCAACAUGCCUUCACCUCUGCCCGUGCACCAGCAAGUAUGGCAGCUGAUGGCAUGGCUCCAGUGCCCUCUAAAGCUUCCCCACUGCUGCUGCCAGCAACCUAAACAGAAGUCCUCUUCUGGCAUUUAGAAAGCCUUAGGGCAUCAAGUGAGAGUUCUCCAAGGCUAUAUUGCCAGAAAUGCCAGAGGGGAGCCAGCAGGAACACUAAGAUUAAAUCCCAUCACUUUAGAACAUAAAUUAAUUACAGAGCAAGGGAAUCUGUAUGAGGUAAUUUAUACACCUACUCAAGUUAAACCCCAGUUACAUCAAUUCCUUCCCCUCAGAGAAGUGUCUCUGGUCUGGCUUUGUAUGCAACAAGGUGAGCAUAUCAGCUUCUCCAUCAAUAGGGCAGAAAUUUCCCACUCCCCUUUACCCCUGUAAAAGUCUAAUAAGAAUUUUUAAAAUGUGAUUUUUUUCCUCCCUGAUGCAUAAAACACGAACUGAAGCUUAUUCCCACUCUGCCACUGAUCAGCUGAGCAACCUCUUCCAUAUCUUCCUGUUCCUUCUUCACAAGAAGUACUAAUUCCACUGCACCUAGCACUAUGCAACAAACGCCUGCUGCAGCCUGUGAUCCUGCUGCACCCAUUAAAGCAAUAACUGGACCUAUCCUAUGUGGCCAGAGGCUUGGCAGAGCAGUUGGGUUUGAACCAUCCACAGCCUAUUUGGUUCUGCAAUCUUGAUUAAGAUCUUUUUUUGCAAACGAAGAAAAAAUCAAUUGUGGGCCCAAAAACCUUUUAAAAUUUCACAUCAGUAAGUAAUAAAAAGAUUUGCAAACUGUUUAUUUGCCAAGGGAUGAAAGAGCAGGGGUAUAGCUACUGGUAGCCUUCCAGUUUAAUACCUGCUUUUCAGAUAUCAGAGAUAUCUGUUCAGAUCUAAUAGGGGUCCCAGUGGACACUGUUUGAAAAUCAAACUCUCAUUUUCCCUCAGACCAGUUCCUGUCAAGCCCUGCAGGGACAUGGUCACACUAACACAAGUGCCAGAUUUUCUGUUUGGCUACAAGCACCAGGGAGUUGCAAUUUUUGGCUGAGCACAGCAACUGGAGAACAGUGACCCUCAGAUAAGAGUGGUGCCAGGAAAAUGGCUGUUUGAUGCAGUCCCACACUCUCUGACAUGUGAGGAACAAGGGGUUACUUCAGUGGAAUGUCCUGACCAGGCACUGCCAGCAUGACAACUUUCACUCAGGAUGACAUUACCCAGCCAAGGCAGCAGGUCAGUGACAGACCUCACCCAAGGAUGGCCUCAGUCUCCAGACCUCUGAUGGCACUUCCUGGAGCUCUGCCCCUCCACCCCAGUAUCUGAGAGGUCAUCAGCUGAGAAAUACUCCUGGCUUGCCCAAAGAGAUCCCACAGCAGACCUGCUCUGGCAUAGGGAAGAGCCUACCAACGAACUAUUAAGACGUUCAGAGACCUAAAAGCCAUAGCUUUCCUGUGCCCCUGGAAGAGGGCACAAAGGCACUUAAAAUAGCAGGGCUCUACUCAUCCAAGUAUGCUUCCCUCCCUGAGAGCAGACCAUGCAUUGCUUUGCUCCCCUUCCACUCCACGAUACCAGUUAGAAUAAGUAGUAUUCAAAUUCAUCUGUUUCCCCUUUUCUCUAGCAGCUGCUUUAACCUUAACCAAUGGCCUAAACCACAGAGUUUCUGAGGCCUAAUCUCCAAACCUGCAUUACAGUUUUGCUACAACCCACCCUUUCCCUAGCACAUAUCAUCAAUACCCUACAUGCCCACAUCUCCCAGUCUUCCAGAAGUUCUAUCCCCAUAGUCCCCUUUUAUAGGAAAGUCCAACUGCUCAGCUGCCCUCUCUUCCCUAGAAAUCCUCCCACCUGAAAGGAGGGAUAGGGCAUAACUGAAGUUCAGUGGGAGUCAGUCUACUUUUUGUAGUUUCCAGCUUGUGCUACUUUCAGUACAAACUCUAAAAUGCACAGGCUAAGCCCCCAACUAGGCCUGAAAGAAAUUUAUUAACAUAUUUGACUGACCAUAAGAGAAUGAUCCACCAUCUUAGCCUUGCAUAAAGGACACCCAGCCCAAGGCUUUUAUAUACAGGUGAUUUUGGAAAUCCUACCAAAGACAGUGUGAAGCAGAGUUUUCAGAGGGGAGGGAUUCUAUUUUUCAGAAACCAGAGAUUUUUAUGACUUUUUUGUUGUUGUUGUUUUUGAUUUUGGUUUUUGUGGUUUUUUUCUUUUUUUAAAGAUGUUUUCUGAGUUUUGCCCUUGGAAACUUGGUAGUAAUUGCUAGUUCCUCAGGAAUUCUGGCUUUUGUUCUGUCAAGAUAGCCCAGCAAAGUGGGAGGAAAACCAGCUCCAAAUUAGCAUUUAGCUGAUGCUACAAACAUAUUUGGGGCCACCUUCUCCCUGUUAUUAUAGGGCUUAGCACAUUUUGAAUGUGUGUGCUUUGACACGCCUCAGAUGAAGCCCCAGCUGUGUCUGCUGGUGGUCCAAGCCAGAAGAGUCACUCAGCUCUCAAUGAGAGGUAUCACAUCGAGGGCACACUGGGGUAAGGUCACAAGAGAACACGGCACUGGACACUCUUCCCAUCUGUUGUAGCAUUGAGGGAAAAAAUCUCAGAGGACUGAAUGGUUUUUUGGAGGUCCUACAACCUCCCUUGAGGCACAUAAGGCACUUGCUCCUUUGGUGUUUGGGAAGAUGGUGGACAUGACAGGAUGCUGCUGAAUUCUCCUCGACUACAUCAUUAAUGCAUUUGUUUUGGGAGAGAAGGGGAAAGAGACCCCUUGUUUAGUGGAAAUGCUGAUAAAGUCCUGAUAUCCAGAUACUUCUUCUGAGAGGAGAACCUGUUACUGGGGUCAGCUUAGCAAGGAAAAUGCCAUUUGAUUUCUGGCAGUAGGGCCAGAAAUGACUGCAAACUGCUUUGCCUUUGGCCAGGCAUUUGAGAGAUUGCCACAUUAUUUAUCUAAUAACGGAGUGAAGAAAUCUGAACAGGAUAAAAAUAGCAAGGCUUGGAUUAGAAAGUGGAUGGCUAAUGAGGAACAGAGGUUCACUGUUGCUUUGGUAUUCCUACUGUUGCCAGGAGGAUCCUGCACAGUGUGGAUAUGUGUCUAUUGAGCUGGGAUGGAGGGGACACAUAAGGCACCAAACUGGCCUAAGGAAGCACUACCAGGUCUAUUGAAUGACUGACUGAUGUCUGGGUUAAGAGAGGUAGUAGUACACCAAUGAAAAAACUCUCUGGUAUAGGCUGCACACAAACCUGCUUCUUGCAGCCCAGCAAAGCUGGAAGACACUCUUGGAGGUGAGGUACACUGGGGGUCUGCUCUUGUGCCACACAAGAUGGGAAGUUCACUCUCUUAAUGACAGGGAAAAUCAACAAGAACAUUAAUGGUUCUUACACUACUUGUGCUCAAAAUCUCUCCAUUAAAAUGUCCUUUGUGAGAUUUUUUAGUCAAAAGGGAGUUUUCCUUAAGAACUGAUGCUUCCUAUCUCCUGUGGUAUUUGUAGCCUGGACUUAAAAAUGGAAAAGGGACUGGAGGGCUGGAGGGUCCAGUCUCCUCAGACCUGCGUUUUUGCCCCUCCUCAGAUGGGUAGAGUGUUCCCUUGUAAGGGAGGAACCAGUUCCUUCUCUGGUGCCAGUGAGUUACUCAGCUCUCUAAGGAGCUGCUCCCUGCAGAGCCACAAUUGCUACAAAAUUGCCCUUUGGGAUCCAAGACUUGGAGUUAAUUUCUUUUCCCUGCUCAGCAGGAAGCAUCUAGCAGGCAAUGGAAAUGGCACAUACACUGUGUCUGAGGCGCAGCGCUGCCUCUUGGAGGGCACCCACCUCCACUCCGACUGCAGAAGUUACAUCUUCAGUCAUUUCAAAGACAUUAAAUGGCUUUACAUACACAGUUUCCUCGGUCACUUCUUAUCAUGUGUCUGAUCUGGAGUCAGUAUGGCCAAAGGAUUGUUCAGAUAAAUUGUUUCAAAUAUAGACUCGGAUGCUUUUAUUAACAUAAUGAGUGAAGGCUGCCAUCAAGAUCAAGGUCACCAUUGUUCUGGGUGCUGCACAGUAUCAGUACUACAUUCUGUAUUUCCACGCUAUGAGACACGCACUGUCUCCAAAAGCUUAGAGUCUAAAUAGACAUUUGAAUGGGGAGAGAGAUUGAAGCAUGUGAAAGAGGAAUAAUUUAUCCAUGAUCAAAGGCUGAGCUGGAAUUAGAAGAGCCUGUGUCCUGGGUGGGAUCUGUUAUCUCCUCUUAGCAUAACCAACUACUGACACCAUCUGUAAAUACUCAUAAUAAGAACAUCCCAGGAACAAGACACAUGUAAUUUCUUAGGACACUCUGUUCUUCCUCUGGUUACAAUCAAUGGGCAGGUAAGGGCUGUUGCAGCUACAUGCAAGGCUUGGGAUGCAGCAAAAACAGGCAGAUCGUGGUUGUAAGAAUGACUCCUGCCAUAUGCAAUCAUCUUUCAGCAGACCCAGGGUGCUAAUAAAAAAAUCCUUUCACAGAGUGCAGUGUGCAUUAUUAGCCGGAGUAAGAGCUGAGGCAGCAUCGCCACCCUGGAGUCGGACAGGGAACUGCAGGCGCGAUGUGUCUGCCCUACAGAUUCCCCUUCGGUCACCCAGAUGGCACGAAGUCUGAAUUAUGUUGCCAUAUUUCUCUAAACUGAGGAGAGGAAUGGUUGACUCUGUCUCCAAACAGGUACUGCAAUCUGACAAGACAGAGUCUGGGAGUUAGCUAGUCUUUCACAGUGGCAAUGGGUAAGGAUAAAGCUACAAAAAGUACCUUAUUCCAAAAAAUACCACCCUGUGAUGGAUAAAUAUGAACAUUUGUAUAAAGAAACUAUAUAAAUAGUGUCUUCUAAUGUGGUGGUUCGGGUUUUUUGCUGCCUUCUCUCAUGGCUUUGUCCUCCACAAAGUAGGGCUCAUUCCUACUUUGCAUAUGUUAAUGUGAAACCAGUGCAAGCUCUGAUGUUGAUUUUCAUUCUGACACCAGAUACAGGUCCCCAUAUAAAUGCCAGUGUUUGGGAAAAGCUGACUUUAUUCAGGAUCUUCUUGUACUCCUGAGGCAGUGCCAUCCCAGUGUACUGGGGUCUCAGCUCACAGCAACCUUUGGCCAGAAGCCAGGAUGUUCUUGCAUCUUCUGCUCAUUCUGAGCAGCAAUUUGUUGUAUGGGCACCCUCAGCUCCCUCUUCUCACUAUUAACAGGCUAUAUCCUGGUUUGUUUUCAGCUCAGAUGUACCAUAUGAGACACCAUUGGGCUGCCUGAGUCUGGGCAAGUCAUUAUCUAUGUCACGCCUCAGUUACCAGCCUCUAGUCAACAGCUGACACUUCAUAAGUAUACUGAGAGGUUUCAGUAGCCCAUGUCCUGGGAUGCUGCAGUGGAUGGAGAUGAGAUAAGAAUGACUUGGUAAAAGAUUUAUACAAAGUAGGCUUGACUGCUGUCAGUUGUGACAAAUGAACAUAACAAGCCAAAAGUUUGUUACCAAGUAUUGACUCCCCUCAGCAGCACCUGACAGCACAGAGCUCUCUUUCCUACCUGUGAUUCAAGCACUCAAAAAAAGCUUAUUAUUUCUAGCCACAAUUCUUUUUCCCUCAUUCUCUGCAUCUGCAGUUUUUAGGACUCAGGGAAAAUCUUGAUUAGGACACAGACCAUCUCUUAACUUACAACUGAAAUAUCUGGUUCAUUUUAGAUGGAAAAAGACACAUCUCCUUCAGAGAGUGUUGUGCUUCAAUAAAGCACCUCUUUGUGGUGGCCACAUCAGAGGUGAAACCUUGUCCAGGCUGGCAGUAUGAAAGCCAAGGGGCUUGUUCCAAACAGGCAAAAAAGUGUUGGUUUUUUGUUUAUGCCUCAUUCUUGCGACACUUAUAAAAGGGGUCAGGGCAGUCUGUCUGUAACAUUUUUCCAACAACCAUCAUUAAAAGUGCUUCAUGUUUAAGAUUGUGACAGAAAGCCUGAUAGUGGCUCUGUCAGCAAUGACAUUUGCAAAGGAUUGGUGAUAGAUUUUGUGGUGCCAGUUUAUCCUGACCAUCUUGGAGCUGUUUCUUCAUCUUGGUUGCCUGACUCAGCCUCCAAGCUCAUCAUCAUCAUCAUCAUCACCAUUUAUUGGGACUGGCUGACUAUUUUGACAAAAGAAAUAGUCCUAGUCAAUGCAGAUGACACUGGGGAAUGCUGGAGCUGGAGCCAGAUCCUGCACCCUGGGUUUUAUGGGGAAAUGAUUCAGCUUUCCUUACAGCUUGCUGGGAGCCACCGCACCCCAUGGGCUGAUCUGAUGCUCACCACUAAAAUGCAGCCACUCCCAACGUGAGGAGUAGCAACAAGUAUUACAUGCAAGGUCAAGAGGAGUCCUUGGCCAAGGACAGAGCAAAAAGGAUCCAGUAUUUUAAUGUACAAACACUGAACGUGUGAGAUCUCUCAGGCAAAUAGCCUGGAGCCACACUCAGCAAGUUUGGCUCAACACAGAGAGGCCCUAUAUGCCUGCUCAGUGUCACUACCCCCAUAAUCUGGCAAGCCUUUUGACAUUAGGUGUUCAUUGGAAAGUCCGAUUGCCUGGAGCCCAGCUUGCCUUUUUUACGAGAGAACAGCAUGUUCCCAGCUCUGCCAUUUCCAGAGGAAACAAGCCCCAAGAGUACAUUAAAGACUUGGACACAAAUAGCUUGCACUGUGUAUUAUUUUCAAGCUGGUCUCAUGAUUUUACAGGUCUGACUCAUUCCGGAUAAAUGCAGAAGGUUAGUCAUGAUAGCUGUAGACAAAGAGGAAGGACCUCACUGGACUUACCCCAGUGCAGUUUCCAUUGCUGUUGUCGGGCAAAGAGCUGAGCCAGAUUUGCUGGUCCCUGAUCCUGGGUUUGUCCCAGGACCUGUUAAGGGGCAUAUCAGUGAGAAAGUGUGGACACAUAUCUGUGCAUACUGCUGACAGCCUUACAGCCACCUUCCUGCUGAGAGUUGGGGAGCAUCUGCUCAUCCCUGAGCUAAGGCCAGAUGUUGGUAGGGGUCUCAUUGGCCACCACAGUGGCUGGCUGUGGGAAGUGUGCUGCAGCACACAGGUGGCAGCUGCACUGUGGCACUGCUGUCACCUCCAGCUGUGGGCACAGCCACCAGCAGCUCCACACCACUGCCGUGACACAGCCAGUCUGCCUCAUCUUUGGACUUUACCUACUCCGAGGCCUCAAGAUACUUGGUCUGGAGAAACAGGAAGGAGAAAAGGAGAAUUUUUAUGCUUGCAUCUUGUGCACAGCCUGUUGUCUGUGCUGGACAUGGCCAUGUCUAGAAGAGCAGCAUUUCCCUGCACCCCUGCAAUCCAGGGAUUCUCUUCCACAGGAGUGCUGAGCCGCAGCCCAGCUGCAGGCCAGGCUGGGAGCACCAUCUGCUGGCUUUGACAAGGCAGGCUGGCUUGUCAGAGGGACAAAUUACAGGGUAACCCAGAGCUGCACAGUCAUUAGACUGCACAGCAAAUCAGAGAUGAAAAAAUCACAGGGCUGGACAAAUCCCUCAGCUAAAGCUCCUCCUGUCAGCCUCACAAAAGGGGCUCCAAACCAGUCAGUCUUUCUGCACUAGAGCCAAACAAACUGAUUUGGGCGAAGGAGAUCCACUUGUAAGUUAUCUGGAGUUAUUUAGGGCUCUUGCAGAGCUUGCAAAGAGUUUCAGCUAAAGAAGUUUGAAGCAUUUCACUGAGCAGUCUUUUAAAUUCUUCAUUCUGACAGUUCAAAAUGUAGUUUUGUUUACAAGUAUUCCCAAUAAUAAUAAUACUGAAGGGGGCAUUGAGAGCCUGAAAAGGAAAGAAAUUGUAUGUCUCCAGUGCAACAGUGGGCCUGUUUAAGCAGCUCCCAAGUAGAUUUUUCUUGGGUUCCUCAGGUCAAGUCACUUCCUCUGAUGUAUGAUGGAUGUGUCCCAUCCCCACAGUUCACUGCAGUGGACAAGGAUCCACUGAGCUGUCCUUGCAUGAACCUUACAGAGAACCUACAAAUGUGAGGAUCCUCCCAGCACUGGCAAAGCACAAGCAGACCUCACAGGAGGCUGCUCUGCGUGCGUCACCCUUGCACAGAACAGCGUGGGGGAACAGUGCUAGGUUACAAAAUCCACCUUACAGCAAAGAGGUCGCACCACUGUUGGCAUCUGCUGGUGUGUCAAUACUGUCUUUAAUGGCACAGUCUCAGACUGGUACAGAUAAACACAAAAAUAAACAAAGAGGCUUCUGGGCACACCAGCACCUUUCUUGCCUUUUCAGAGCCAAAAUGCUAAAAAUUCCAUGUUUAUUUCCAUUGCAUGCUAGUUGAUCUCAUGAAAGCAUUUCCCCAGCCUUUAUUUGGCUUUGUUUCUAGAGCCACUUGACUGAAGAAGCAGAAUAGCACAGGGUAUGUCCAGUACAGGACUGUGAGCAGCACAUACUCCUUCUGGGGGUGCUGGUGGAUGUUUUGACAGACUUUAGGCACUAUUAAAGAUGCAUUUAGUCGGUCCAAAAGGCAAAGAUAUGGUCAAAACAAUUGAAAUUCACUUAAUGCACUGGAAGCUGGACCUUCCUGAGACUAUUUCAGCCGUUCCAGGUUUGAGUUCUGUAUGUUGCCUACAUAAGAUUAAUUUCCUUUUAUUUUGAUCUCAUACCUUUUAUAUAUCUUUUAACAGAAGAAAUUUCAAAUUCUUUCUUGACCUUUUUAAUGCCCAUUUUGUUUUAACAAAUCUGUUCUUUGGACACUUUGCAUUGACACCAGUAAACUUUUAAGAUAUCUGUGAGCCAGACUUGGAAUUAUUACCCCCACUUCUUAACCUCUUUUUUCAAAUCCAUCCCCAUUGGUACUGGGGUGGAAGGAAGCAGGAGUGUUAAAGGCCUUAUUUUUCACUUUUUCUCUGACUUUUGUGAUAACUUGUACAAGUUAUUUUAGGAUAGUUAAGAUUUUCUCUGUACUCUGGAAAUUAAACUUCAACAUAUUAUAUUCAAAUUUGGCGGGUUUUUUGUUUUGUUUUGGAGUGGCUUGUUUGGUUUUUUUCUUUUUAAUAAACUGGGAGUAAUUACUGCAGAUGGUGGCAGGUUCUCUAUCUGCUGCUCUCCUCAAGCCCUGCCUGCCAUUCUGGGAAAUGGGCAAAUAGUCAAACACACAUCACAGUACUCAGUGCAAAGGUCAGAAGAGAUCUGUAUUGGCCAGUGGCUCAAGUGGAGUGAGGUACCUGUUCUGGCCACAAAAUGUUUUUUACUUCUCUCUGCAUCCAUUUAGUAAAUGAACAGAGCUUUUGUCAGUAACAAUAACAAAACUUGAGGAACAUAAUAAACAAUUUUGCAUCUCAAUUCUUUAUAUAGUGCUUCUUUUUAAUAGCUUUUGAGAAUUGUAAUGAAAUACUUUGAAAUAUGUUUGGGACAGUUUUGUUUCAGACUUUGCCUCCAGCUUCUUUGGUUUGAAAAACAGGCUUGUUUCCAGGAAAGUAAGUAUUGCAUUUAAUUGGAAUUAGAUGUUGGCAAAGAAGGCUGAUGUUUCCAAAGCUGCUGGUGCUUCUGUGAGCUUGGAAAACAGCCUGGGUGCCUCUUGCAACAGUUAAUAAAAACAAUUAAUUGCAUCUGUUUAUUUUAGAUCCACCUACUAUUAUUUUUUUCCUACUUUUUGUAAUCUUCUUACUUAAUUUGUCAUGGAGCAACAAAUACAGCUCACCCCAGAGAACCCAAUGGUGUCUUUCCUUUUCAAUUGGUCAAGAAAUGUCUGAAGUGUUGCAUGAUUUCAAAAUGUUGCUGCCGGACCUGAGAAAUGUGAAAACUCCAGCUCAAGAAUCCUGAGACAGUUGGAGACUUACAAGACACAACUGAAAAUUCUUCCCCUUUCUACCAUCAGAAAUAGAUGCCAAAUGCAGGAUGGUGGCAUCUCCUGCAUCUCAGCAGUGCUGUCCCAGUGGGACUGAGCCCCUUGGCAGACCCUCAGCUCCCCUGAGGCGGCAGCAGCCUCUGCAGCUGCUCUCUACACCGAGUCCAGUUCAGCCUGGGAGGGGGAGCACAGCCACCUCCACUACUUGAAUUAGACCACCAAAACCAUUAAACUGUGCUAAACACCACAUCAUUGAAAUUUUGUUUCAACAUAAUUAAUAAUUAAAAACAGUAUUCUUAAAAAAAUUAAUUUAAGAAUAAAUAAAGGGCUAUUCUUAAAAAAAUUAAUUUAAGAAUAAAUAAAGAGGUGUUUCCCUCACCUUUCAGUUUUUGGUGUUUUAUCUUCUACUAGGUAAAUUCUCAAGCUUUUUCUCACCAUACUUAACAUCUUAGUUUUUCAAAUGCUUGGGGCUCCAGGACCUGGGGCUUUAAUGAGUGCAAAUACCAUCAGUCUUGCUGUAAUAGAACACAGCUGGGGGCACAGCUGGCCCUGGGAUAAAUUGCUGUCACUGCAUUUUCUUCUCCUCUAGGUGCCCAGAAACUGCGCAGCCACCCUUGGGGCGAGGGAGUGCCCUGGCUGAACAGGCAGGGCUCUGGGCAAAGGUAGUGUUUUGGCAGCAGUGUCCUAUGUGCUGUGCCUGGCCAGGGCUCCCUCACUUGAGUGCAGCUGGGCUCAGUGUGAGAUAGCCAAAAUCCAUCAGAGAGCAAAUCUCUGCUGAGCAGCUUUCCUUUCCUGAGACUCUGGAACCCAGGAGGGACUUUGGUCCACCUGAAGUGUCCCCAAGCAAAGCUCAACUGGCUGCCAGCCCUGCCUGAUGGCUCAGAGGAUCUGAGUCCUCUUCAAAUCCUGCCUGGGUCCAGCACUUCUGCUUGCUAGCUGUGCCCUGGAUGAAAUGAGUUUGACUGGCCUCAGCCCAUGUUUUGGCUGAUCAUGUCCACAGCACAAAAUUCAACUGCAUAGUGCGGAGAAGCUCUUCCUAUGGCUUUGGGACAUGGGAUACAACUGGUCCAAUGCUGAUAUAAGGCCAGUCAGGGUAUCUGUGGUGGGUGCUGUGACAGUAAUUGGGAUGUCCCAUGUGGCCAGAUGCCACCGACUGGAUGCACUUCUAAGUAGCUCCAACAGCUACUUAGCCUGGGAUAAGCCCUUAGUGGGAGACUUCUAACCCUUCCAAACCAAAGACCGUCUCCCAUGGACUUUAUAGGAAAUGCCAAAAGCAAAAAAUUAAGGGGGAAUAGGAAGGUUUAGCCAGAGGCCUUUCUCUUGGGGUGAGGAUGGCCUGAUGCAAACAGGAGGUGGGAAGAAAGAGCAGGUCACCAUGAUAAAGGAGAAGCAGAUGGAGGUAGGAACUGGCCCUGAUCCUCCUUAAACUUCUGGGGGAGACUGAGGCAGAGACAAUGGUCUCAUAUCUGUGACCCAAGCAGCAGAUGCAGAGAGCCUGAGCCCAAUCCCCCCACCCCAGAGCACCCAGUGCACCCCAGCUCAGCAGUAUCUCCAAUGCAGGAGGAGGAGAGGACACUUCAAAAGCAGCCCUUCCAGUUGCCUUUGCUGAGAAUGGAGAGCCAGAGCAGUGCUAGUGGAGAUUGAAUCUAGUGAUUACUAUAAGGGAUUUGCUGUCUCUUUCUUUAUCCCUCUCUCUCUUUUUUUUUUCUUUUCCCCCCCUUUUCCCUCCCUCUUAUCCCUUUCGUGGUGCAUUUGUCUUCGAGGAACCUGGGGUGUUCUUUUCAUCAGUUCAAUCUCUCUCUGGCACUUGAGUCCUGAUUGGCUGAAGGACUUAGGGGAAAAAAAAAAUCUUUAAUUAAGUAGAUAAUCUCUUCUUAGGAAGUUCUGCGGCUCCAUUUCACCAGCCCCCUUUAGCUCUUACUUUAGGAUUGGUUAUCCUUUGCAGAAGGUGGGAUUCAGGAGGCAUCCGCCUCUUCAUCACACCAGGACUGCCGGAUGGAAAAUAACUCCAUCCCUUCCCUAAAUUAGUUGUGCUUCUUUUUUUUUCCUUUUUUCUGGUGGUGGUGGUAACCAAGUUUGGGGUUUUUUUAGGAUCUCCUUUCUCCCUCUUUAUUUGGAUUUUAUAUUUCACAUGGACCCUUAUCUGGGCAUCUUCUUCCUCACUCCCUUCUUCCAGUCCUGCUAUGCCUGGUCAGUGAAUAAUUUCCUGAUGACGGGCCCCAAGGCCUAUCUCAUCUACUCCAGCAGCGUGGCGGCCGGGGCGCAGAGCGGCAUCGAGGAGUGCAAGUUCCAGUUCGCCUGGGACCGCUGGAACUGCCCGGAGAGGGCACUGCAGCUCUCCAGCCACGGCGGGCUGCGCAGUGCAAACCGAGAAACAGCCUUUGUCCACGCCAUCAGCUCUGCAGGUGUCAUGUACACGCUGACCCGGAACUGCAGCCUGGGCGAUUUUGACAACUGUGGCUGUGACGACUCCCGCAAUGGACAGCUGGGGGGACAAGGCUGGCUGUGGGGAGGCUGCAGCGAUAAUGUGGGCUUUGGGGAAGCUAUUUCCAAGCAGUUUGUGGAUGCCCUGGAGACUGGACAAGAUGCCAGAGCUGCUAUGAACCUGCAUAACAACGAGGCAGGUAGAAAGGCAGUGAAAGGGACCAUGAAGCGGACUUGCAAAUGCCAUGGUGUGUCGGGGAGCUGCACCACCCAGACCUGCUGGCUGCAGUUGCCUGAGUUUCGGGAGGUGGGCACUUACCUCAAGGAGAGGUACCACAAAGCCCUGAAGGUGGACUUGCUGCAGGGAGCAGGGAACAGCGCUGCCAGCCGGGGUGCCAUCGCUGAGACCUUCAGUUCCAUCUCCAAGAAGGAACUGGUCCAUUUGGAAGACUCUCCUGACUACUGCCUGGAGAACAAGACGCUGGGGCUGCUGGGCACGGAGGGCAGGGAGUGCCUGAAGAGGGGCAAGGCGCUCAGCAAGUGGGAGAAGCGGAGCUGCCGGCGGCUGUGCGGGGACUGCGGGCUGGCGGUGGAGGAGAGGCGAGCCGAGAUGGUGUCCAGCUGCAACUGCAAGUUCCACUGGUGCUGCGCCGUGCGCUGCGAGCAGUGCCGCAAACGGGUCACCAAGUACUUCUGUGUCCGCAAGGAGAAGCGCGAGCGGAGCGGGGGUGGCGGAGCCAGCCGCAAGCUCAAGAGAAAGCUCUAACUUGCUUCUGCUCCUCCACGGUCCUGCCUGCCCCUCUCCUCUCCUGCCCUUCCCAUCAGCUCCUGGCACCAUUUCUCUUUGGCAUAAUUUUGUCUCAUUCCCACUGCUGCCUCACUGGGGCUUGGGCAAGGCAAAAGAGCUUUGUAUGAGUGCUCAGGCCUUGCCCAUACAGGGCAUUAGUGCAGCGGGCAAUGUCUCCUUUGAAGGGGAGACCUUCCAAGUGUUCACAAAACAAGGUGAGACUCAGUCCCUUCAACUCAGUGUCACUCUAUCCAGUGACUAUGGCAUUAUCUCUGAAAGCACAGGAGGUUUUGGUGGCUCCUGUGGUUUUGAGCUGGUCUGUUCCCCAAACAAGCACCUGCUCUGGGCUUUUGAGUAAGUGAGAUAAAAGGUAUAAGGAAACUGAGAUGGCACCAACAAUUGGGCAACUCAUUUUCAACUCAGUAAUCUGUAAAUGAGAAGAGGCUUAAAAAAAAUAUAGGUACUAAAACAGAUAUGGCCUCAGGCCCACACUAUGAGGAAAUACAAAAGACAUGCAAUUCCUUUCUCAGCAAGCCAGCCUCCAGGGACCCCUCAGCUUUGCUUGCCACCUUUUGACUGCUUUGCUAAGCUCUCCAGUGCUUUACUUUACAUUUGAAAUGGCAGCAGCAAGAUUGAAACUGCUGCUUGACCUGCCCAUUACAGCUGUCCAAAACAAGGGUCCCAUCACUUGAUUUUUACAUGCUUUGUGUCUUCCAACUCUCCAGGUCUGGUCUCCCUUUUUGGGCCAGCACUGCUAUCAAAGCCCCUGACUGAUGCCAUAAAGAUGUCCUCACACUUCUCCACUACCUCCUUCCUCCCAAAUUGCUCCCAGAGAGGAGCUGCCAAGCUGAGCCUCCUCCCCAUGUCCUGGUGUACUUGCCAAGCACUCUUACCCUGUCAGCUAACUAACUAAAUACUUCUUCCUAGUCUGAGAAAAUAAUGUCAGUUGCUAUUUAAUGGUGGUGUAAAUAGGAAAGUGAAGCACUUUGAAGUUUAAUUUAUUGCACAGUUACUGUGAUGUAUACAUAACAGUUUUUCCUCUACCGCUUAUUGUAUAUAUUCUAUAGGCUAAGCAAGCAGCAGGAAGAUUUGGUUGAUGCAUCUCUGUUCCCUUGCUGAGGCUAGGGAAGGGAGGUAAGAAGCUGCCAGCUGCAGGGCUUGGGGAAGCUCACUGCACCAUCACAGCAAUCUUCCCCUGUGCUGCGAUAAGAUCAUCUACUUUGCUGUUUGAAGUGUCCUUUAGCCAGACAAGAAGCCAGCAGAGCUGUUUCUGGCCAUUAGACCCAUCUUGUAGCCAAUAUUUGUAAACCAAUAGCCAAUGCAAUAAAUCAGUAGCCAAGUGCUUGCAAAA